CCUCUUAAUGCACUAUUGUGAGCUGCUCCUAAUAGAGACCGGGGGGAUGGGUGCCUGCCGAUUGGCUGCUUGCAGAUACAGUCAGGACUUGCUUUAAUGUAACCAGGGGCAGGUCGGCAGCAAGGAAACAAUCAUUUAUUUCAUGUAAAACUGUAAAUUUUAGAUAUGUAUUUGGGGUGCAAACUUUUACAGCAGGUAGAUUCUUCGAGCUAACGGGGGGAUCUGCUUUUGUUUUCUGAAUUGAUAUAUGUUUAUUUUUAAUUUUUUUGAAGGAACCGCCGGUGAGCUGAUAGAGUGUAGAGAAUGAGCACAGGGUCCGGGCCUAGUAGUGCUGCUGCGGCUGGGAUUUUACAGAUCCACUGUCACAAAUUGGGAAAAAAGCAGGCCGGACGUUCGAAUUUGAGAGCGUUUCAGUCCGUUUUGUUGUGACCGAGACAUAAAUGGUAAGAUUUUGAGGGAUUUUCACCAUCCGGAAUGUUACUGUGUUUCACGCCGUGAUACUCAGAUGGAGCAAUGACAGAAUGAAUCAGUCAUAUAAACUGACAGUUAGGGAUCCUUUUGAGUGCUGCUCCGGCUCGCAGGAGCACCAGAGCGCCAGUGGUCUCAUCACUCCCUAUGGAAAGCUUGGGCUAGACUCUCCACUCUCCCUGCAACUGUCAACGUCAUCUACUUUCAGACCUGCCUCGUCUUAUAUGUACAGCCAGCACGGCUUGUCCUGCUACAGUCCCCUGCGAAGACUCCAGGAUUUAACUUCGAUGGUGCACAGGCCAGACCUGGGAAUGCCGGAGAGGAAUCUCCAUGGUCAUAAUGAUUUGCACGAGCCGAGCCUUAUAGGGGGUACUGAAUACAUCACUGCCCUGAAGGAUGGCAUUCCAUCGCCUGGCAACCAUGAAACAGGAGAUUAUUUGGCCGGCCCGGGUGUAGAAAGGACCAGCUUUGCCCCAGCCAGCCCAGUCUGCCAGGAGCACACCAGUCCAAUUACCAAUGGCUGCCUGCACUUUGAAUCAACUUUAUUCGAGAACGGAGACAGUAAAGAUGGGGAGGAUUUGCCACUGUUGAAACACUCAUUGAAGAAAGACAGGGAGGCAAAGGUCGAUGACACAAGCACUUCUGAAAGUCCCGGGGUGGAUUUCACUGCAAGCAAACAAGACCUUGGUCUUCACAAGACUUUGGUGGCCAAGAACAUAAUGGGCCAUUGCCCUCCACUGAAAAAGUGCCCGUCGCCUCCCUGCGAUCUGGCUCACGUGGAGAGUUGGGACGAGGAUUCAGACAGUGAUUGCGAGGAGCUUGUGUCGGAGAAUUGCUCACCUGGCUUUGGAAUAGCUGCUGUUGGCAGAGGCCCGCUUCAUAACGCCGCUGACCACUGCCCCUCCUCAUCCGAAGGCCCGAAAGUUAAUCCUCCCAGUAGCCCAAAGAAGCGACUCAUUAUAGAAGUGAAGUACUCAGUUGGCGAGUUAGUGUGGGCAAAGUUCAACCGGAGACCUUGGUGGCCCUGUCAGGUUACAAAUGACCCGAAAUACGGAACCCACUCCAGAAUGAAAGAUCCCAGCCGCAGGCCUUGUCGCCAGUAUUUUCUCAGGACACUUGGGGAAACGGUGGAUCAGGCCUGGGUCCCCGGAAAGGCCACCCAUCCCUUUGAAGGCGGCAACCAGUUCGAACGUCUCCCAGUGCUGCGGAGGAGAGGAAGGCAAAAGGACGAAAACUAUAAAUACACUAUACCACGGCGGCUAUUAGAGUCAUGGAAAGACAGUGUGCUGGAGGCUGAAGCUCUACUUCCAGAGCCGCUGAAAAAGGUCCUUCCUGUUUCCUCUCCCAUAAAGAGUAACUUAGUGAGAGAGGAUGACAUGCUGGAGGCGCCGUCCUGCUCGUCCCGUAAUUUGUCCCCCUCGUCAGGUUUCCUGUCUGGCGGUAAACCCGAGGCCCCUCAAGUCAGCGAAAGCAGCGGAAAGAAACCAGUAGUCAGAAAGAGACAAGGCGUUUCGCCUAAGACACACAUUCUAGAGAAAGAAGGGCUGGACUUUGAAACGUUAUCAGGCACUACAAAGGACAUAAUCCUUGUUACUCCAGACCAGUUUAAAAACAGCACCAGAGACAACCGGCAUCCUGAUAGUGAUUCAUUAGCUGGGAUCUUUUCUACCAAGUUUCCCGAACCACCACCCAGAGAGGAUCAGAGUAAGCGCUCCCUGCCCACUAAAAAAGACGUAAGAAAGAAACCAGCACGAAAGUCCGUGUCGCUGGUUCAUGUGGUGGGAGAGAGAAAAAGUUCUGAAGGUCCUGGAAGCAGCAUGGAGUGUGAUUCAGGGCAUCGUCUAGCUGAUAACUUAACUUUGGGCAUCGCAGUUUCAUCUAUAGGAAAACCAGAGGGCACCAGUUUAAUAGGAGGCCUGGACCUGUGCCACUUUUCAAAGACCCCUCUUGAUAGACUUUCUGCCAGUAAUCACCUCAUAACAAGAGCUUUAGCGAUGGAGGAGAAACUCAAAGAGAAGCCCCUCUCUAGGCAAAACUCUGAGCCUCUUUUCCCCAAUUUUGAUACAGAGGAGGAUGUGUUUGUCAAAACAAAAACUCCACCCGAUAAACUGGAAAUAGCAGAUAAGCGUGCAAAGAAUAAACAAGCUCCUUUUGUUUCCAGUGAUCACACCUCCCCAGCUACUGUCCUGAAGUUUGCUGAGUCUGAGAAAAAUAACGCCUCAAAUGGAUCAUCUGUGAAAUCAGAAGACGACGGCUGCUCCGUCUCUGAAUGCCCUGGUUCUACAGUAAAUAAGAACAGCUCGUUAUCAGACGUGUCCUCCUGCGGCUCCUCUUCACCAUUACCACCCAUGGAUGCUUUCCAUGAUAUCAACUUGAUUUCAUUCAAGUCCUUGGCAGAUGAAGAUGGGAGCAGUAGUAACCCUACUCCUUUUCGAGCAGACACCAAUUACAAAUUCAGUACCUUUCUGAUGCUACUAAAAGACAUGCAUGAUAGCAGAGAAAAGGAUGGUUCUCCUUUGGUUCUUGGGCCAGGUGCUAACGGACCUACCUCUGCUCUCAUUAAAGAAGAACCGUCUCUUAUGUCUCCUCGGUCAGGAGAACGAGCGGCUCGUGGUACAAGGAUUGAAUUCUUUGAGCAGAACUGGACACCAGCAGUCAGGCAGAAGGAGACGGCACUGAGUUCCAAGAGCUCUCGAGUAAAGCCCAAAAGAGUUAGGCAAAGGCCGACCUCAAAAAAGAAAAGUAUUAGAGAGACGGCAGAGAAGGACUUUUUAUUUACAGAAGUUGAGCAUAUUUCAAGCCUGAAUCAGCAAUCUAAAAAGCAAUCUUUGUCGCUGACAAAGCGAGUGAGUGGUGGCAAUACUCAUUUGGAGGAUGCUUAUGGGAAGGAUCAGCCCAUUGGCCCAACUGAUGGGGCAGCAGAUUCAUCUGCUGAGUUUGCUGAACUUCUGACUGACAGUUGUGGAAGGAGCAACAUCACUAGAGUGGCACCAAAAAAACGCUGGCAGAGGUUUGAAGAAGGUGGCACUGAGUUACUGAAGUCAGGGGAAUAUAACAGCAGUGUCAGUGAGCAGCCACUGACCAUGGUGCCUUCAGAACAUAGUAGGGCCUGCAGGGACAAUAUCGGUCACACUCCAGAUAUGUCAAGAUCUUCCCAUCCAAAGAAGGGAGUCAGUAAGCAAACUUACACUCAGAUGUCUAAAAGCAUUUCAGAGGUGAAUGAAGUCUCUUCAGCACAUUCAGAAAAUAAACGCCUCAGAAAACCGAGUAAAAGACUUCUGGAAUGGACUGAGGAGUACGAUCAGAUUUUUUCAGUGAAGAAAAAAACUAAGAAAACCCAAGGACCUUCAGGAAUGAAUUAUGACAUGGAGAAUGCCAGAGAAGAGCAACUGGAGACCAGGAGCAUAAUGCAGGACCUUCUGAGCUCAUUGCCAGAGAUGCAGACCCCACCUCCCGAGGAACCGUCCAAGGGCCUUGUUGGACAAACCCCGACUAUUUUAGAGCACACCCCUCCCCAGGACGACCUCACUCUUCCCAUUGACACAUUAACCCCACCCCCAGAAGCACCCUCUCCUUCAGAAGAGGUGGCUGAUGGGGAAUUGGCAAAAACAAAGUCUUCUGAAUGUCAAGACAAAAAGCGACAGAGGAAACCUACCAAGAAGAUCCUUGAGUGCUCAAUUGAAGCAGAGCCUGUUGUGGUUCCAAAAAAGAAGGUUCAGGAGUGUAGGGAACAAGGUAAAUGGGCAGAGGAGAAGUCGGGAAUCCAGGAGAAAGAGGAGUUACUUACAGAGAUUAAGUUUGCAAAGAAGGACGUUUCUGGAUCGAUUCCAUGCCAUGUUGGCUUUUCAGACUCUCAUAAACAGAAGAAGAAGCGCCCAAAGGCACAGUCCCCCCCCCCAUUUAAGGAGGCCUCGGACCACAGCAGUCUAGAGGCGGAGAGUGACUGGGAUCUAACUGUGGUUGCAGAAGAAGGACCACAUGAAAACACAGAGGGCAGUGUGGACCCAGAGGGCUUUUCGUCUAGUAAUGAUGACAGCCAGUUAUCAUCCAAGGACAACCUGCUGGGCCAAUCAGGGCUCAUUGGGGGCAAGAAAUCCAUGGCGGAGAAAGGGGGCGCCGCCUCCAUGAAGGAGAACGUGUGUCAGGUGUGUGAGAAAACGGGGGAGCUUCUGCUCUGCGAGGGCCAGUGCUGUGGGGCCUUUCACCUGGAGUGCAUCGGCCUGUCGGAGAUGCCCCAGGGCCGGUUCGUGUGUCAGGAGUGCACGUCAGGUGUGCACACGUGCUUCGUGUGCAAGGAGCCGGGAACGGAUGUCAGGCGCUGCAUGAUUCCAGUGUGCGGGAAGUUCUACCACGGCGAGUGCGUCGCCAAGCACGCCCCCACCCUGCCCCAGGGCCGGGGCUUCCGCUGUGCCCUCCACGCCUGUCUGUCCUGCUACAUCACCAACCCCGCCAAUCCGUCCAGCACCAAAGGUCGCCUGACCCGCUGCGUACGCUGCCCAGUUGCCUACCACGCCAACGACUACUGCAUGGCCGCCGGCAGCGUCGUUCUGGCCAACAACAGCUUCCUGUGUCCCAACCACUUCACUCCUCGCAAAGGCUGCCGCAAUCACGAGCACGUCAACGUCAGCUGGUGCUUUGUCUGCUCCGAGGGGGGCAGCCUCCUGUGCUGCGAAUCAUGUCCUGCGGCUUUUCAUCGCGAGUGUCUGAAUAUCGACAUGCCUGAAGGAAGCUGGUACUGCAACGACUGCCGGGCUGGAAAGAAACCCCAUUACAAGGAGAUCGUGUGGGUCAAAGUGGGCCGAUACAGGUGGUGGCCUGCAGAGGUCAGCCACCCAAAAAGUAUCCCUGAUAACAUCCUCCGCAUGAGGCACGACGUGGGGGAGUUUCCAGUGCACUUCUUCGGCUCCAAAGAUUACCUGUGGACCUACCAGGCUCGGGUUUUUCCCUACAUGGAAGGCGACGCCAACAACAAGGAGCAGAUGGGGAAGGGCGCCGACGCCGUCUACAAGAAAGCACUGCAUGAAGCUGCAGAAAGAUUCCGGGAACUGCAAGCUGAGAAGGAGAUCAGGCAGCUUCAGGAGGACAGGAAGAACGACAAAAAACCUCCUUCUUACAGGCACAUUAAGGUGAACCGGCCAAUAGGUAAAGUGCAGAUCUUCACCGCCGACCUAUCAGAGAUCCCCCGCUGCAACUGCAAGGCGACUGAUGAAAACCCUUGCGGCAUGGACUCCGAGUGCAUCAACCGCAUGCUGAUGUACGAGUGCCACCCGCAGGUGUGCCCGGCCGGCGAGCACUGCCAGAACCAGUGCUUCACCAAGCGCCAAUACACCCAGGUGGAGAUCUUCCGCACGCUGGCACGCGGCUGGGGUCUGCGCAGCAUCACCAAUAUCAAGAAGGGAGCGUUUGUGAAUGAGUAUGUUGGUGAGGUGAUUGAUGAAGAGGAGUGCCGCACUCGGAUCAAGCACGCUCAGGAGAACGACAUCUGCAACUUCUACAUGCUGACUUUAGAUAAGGAUCGCAUCAUUGACGCUGGACCUAAGGGCAAUGAGGCGCGUUUCAUGAACCACAGCUGCCAGCCCAACUGUGAGACGCAGAAGUGGACCGUCAGCGGUGACACGCGAGUUGGACUCUUCGCACUGGUGGACAUCCCUGCUGGUGUGGAACUCACAUUCAAUUACAAUCUGGAAUGUCUGGGCAAUGGAAAGACAGUCUGCAAAUGUGGGGCAUCCAACUGCAGCGGUUUCUUGGGCGAGAGACCAAAGAACCAGCCCUCGGCAGAGGAUAAGGCCCGAAAACUGAAGAAAAAGGCUGCAGUAAAGCGAAAGAGCCAACUGGAGGUGACCAAGGAGCGAGAGGAUGAGUGUUUCACUUGUGGUGAUGGAGGGCAGGUUGUAUCCUGCAAGAAACCUGGUUGCCCUAAAGUCUACCACGCCGACUGCCUCAAGCUGGCAAAGAGACCAGCGGGGCGCUGGGAGUGUCCAUGGCAUCAGUGUGACGUGUGUCUGAAGGAAGCAGCCUCCUUCUGUGAAAUGUGCUCCAGUUCCUUCUGCAAGCAGCACCGUGAGGGGAAGCUGUUCAUCUCCAAGCUGGAUGGUCGCCUCUCCUGUAGUGAUCAUGACCCAUGUGGGCCUGACCCCCUGGAGCCUGGAGAGAUCCGCGAAUAUGUUCUACCGCCCCUGAAAGCAGUAGGAGUGGCUCCUCCACCGCUUACUGCGGCCCCUUCGGUGGCUGCCGCUCAGCCUGCCCUCAAACCCGCCAAUGGACGGCCUCCACCCGUGACCAGCUCCGCCCCCCUGCCUCUAUACAGCGCCCCCAGCCACCCCUACGUGUCCGGUGCCCCUAACAGCAUCCUGGGUUCUUCUGCUUCUCAAUAUAGGGACAACAAAGAAGUGGAAGAAGAUGACGAAGACGACGAGGACGACGAGGAUGAUGACGAUGUUGGCGAAGAAGAAGACCUUGAGGAUGAUGGAGAGAUUGAGGAUGGAGAGGUGAUUGGGCUGGAUGAAGAAGAUGCAGAUGACUAUGAAGAAGAGGAUGGAGAGAUUGUGGAGGAUGAGGGGUUGGACCUGGAGAUAGAGGAUGGGCAGACAAUGGAUGAUGAAGACCCUGAGUACUUGGAUGAAGAGGAAGGAGAAGUGAUUGAAAGUCAAAAGCCAAGGGCGUAGGGGGGGGGGCGGAGACUUUAGUGGAGCCAAUGGAAAGGCCCUUCCUACAUCCCUGGACUAUAAAGAGGCUUUUCCAAGAUGCAGGUCUAACAUGGGGGAGUGACAUGUGGGGAGAACUGAAGGAGGCUGACCAACCAGUGGAGACCCGGUACAGAGUUAAACCUUUGCUUUCUGCAUGCAUGCAACACCUUCAGACGGUCCCUGCAGAAUGUCAAAGAGCUGCUAGUUCCCUCAGUUCUUCCCAGACCCCGACCUCCCAGCCGUCUUUAACGUCUCCUUAGGGGAGUGGAACUGGUGCUAUGGAGUUUUGUCUGUGUAGUCUCAACUUUUCUCAUUCAUACAUUUUUAAUAUCUGGUGCUGUUUUAUUGUGAGAUUGGACUUUUGUAUGCUCAUCUUUGUUUACUUUGUUUACAUUUAAUCUGAAACUCUUCUGGGGGGGGGGAACUCAAACACACAAACAUUUAAGGCCAAAAUCAGCACUGCAGCUACUUAAUGAGAGCUGGAAGGUUGCUUUUAUAAGCAAAUGCCAAGAUAAAUGCACCAUGAGCUAAGAAUAUCCAGAAGAGUUCUGCAACUUCUAGUAUUUAUGAAUUCCCUUGUUAAGUAAUCUUACAUGCUUUAGGCUUGGUCUUAGCAAAUGAUUUCUUACCCAAUUGCAAGUUAUUUUGUUUUUAAAAAUAACUUUUUUAUACAAAACGUAUUACUUGUCAGAUUUUAACUAUUAAUAAUAAUGUCCAGACUUUAAUUGAUCUACUCAAUUUGGUUCACUAAGAACUGCGUUCAUACUUACAAGCAUACAAAUAUAUUCAUUCAUGUGGGGAUUUUAGCAGACAAAUGAGAGUGCUCUUUUAACAGAUGAACAAAGGUGACAUAUCGAAUGUUACGCCUGACCUCAUUUCUUACUUACCGGAAACGUGACUCUACACCAUUGGAAUUACACCCCAAGCAGUUAUUUUAGUUCCUUAAACUGUAAGCAGAUCAACUGAACAAGCAAAUGGUGAAUAAACACAAAUUAAUUGCAGUGUGUUGAAAUAGACGUAACCCUCUUUGAUAUGCCACAAUUGAUCAACCCACCGCAAAGCUCAAUGCCAAAGACCAUCUAAUAACAGACACCAUGGUAGAGCUGUGGUAGAGCUAUCAUGAAUGACAUUUUAUUAAUUUCCUAGAUUGCCUCCCGGAGUUGAGCUACGUGCGUGCAUCGGUAACUACGUCCUCUCAGUGGAUUAUUUGGCUUGGGAGCUGCCCAUCUAAGGUUCUCAUCUGAAGUCUCAAUCCCUGCAGUUUCAUUGCAGAACAAGUACUAGCCGUACAGGGUCAUAGAACAUGAAUAUGUGCAUUUCACCAGCUGCACUUUAUUAAUCUGGUUUGAUUGUUUUAGUGGCAUAACACACAUCCCUUUAAACUGAACACUGGAAAGGCCAUAUUAUUACCAGUUCUGGCAAGAGUGAAUAUAUUCCCUGUCAGAUAAUAAUUAGCAUCUCAUCUGCCGGUGAAUUAAACCACAUUCAGUUGUUCAUUUGGCGAAAGUUAGAGGAAUGACCUUAAAUGGGAUCUAGAAAUACCAGUCAUGUCGAAUGUAAUCCACUUUAUCCCAGUUACAGAAAUCUCCCUCUCUUCUCUGAACUCUCCAGCAGUGUAUGUACAUUCGCACAUACCACUGAAUUCAUGUUUUAAAUCGUUUAUUCAGAACACCUGAGGAUUUUAGGUUUAUUUAUUUUCUUUUAUUGCCAUGGAUUUGAAUGACGUAUCCGGAAGGUUGUAUGCUGUUCUAUCACUGUAUUCUUACAUUUUCAACGAUCAAUCGGAACGUGAUCGCGCAGUGAAGACGCAACUGCAAGCCAAACCGCAGCCUCUGCUGUUUAAGGAAUGAAGUUCACUCAGUUCAAGUCAGUGAGUCCAUGGAUGCUGCUGUAGACGUAGACCACAGCGAGGCUGCGUUUGUCAGUGUGUUGCCCUGAGCUGUUGCAGACACUGCGCCGUUGUCUCUACUCCCAGCCUGGCCUGUACUUUGUAUUUCCCUUUGUUCUGAAGUUAGACCCAUCAUUACUGAGCAGCCUGGGAGAAUGUCCCCAAGUCAGUCAUGAAGUCAGUUAGCUUCGUAAUCAUGGAAUUGUGUGUGCACUUUUGUGUGUGAAAGUGAAAGUUUAAUCCACAGCUCUGCGAUUAAACUAAUUUGUUACAAGUACAUACUGUAUGUAUAUAAUGAUACUAUCUUCAAUUAUAAUGCACAGUAAAAUAAUAUGGAUUUUCAUCCAUCGUCUAACAUUGAUGUUCUUUCAUGUUACCCUCUACAGUUCAACAAAUGGACUUAGUUAACCAGGCUGUCUGUUCACUGGGUGGUUAGAGGGGUGUUUGAGUAAUUGGUUGCUCAGACUGGGUCCAUAUUGCUCACCAACCAAAUGCUAAUUCUUGCACAGAGUGGAGUAGGUACACACCAAUUCCCACACCGUACAGUUCUGUGCUAGAGAAGGCUGUAAGAAUCCCCAUUUAUUAAUGAACUGAUGAUAUUAACUUUAAGAAUUUCACUUCUACCUCUCCCCACCACACUUUUACCUUAUCUCUAUGUGACUUGGAAAUAAUAAUUAAACAAUAUGUGGUCUGUUCAGCAUGGAAAGACUGAAUGUAGUUGUUUUAUGAAGAAAACCAGGAUUGUCUCCCAGUAUAUUUGUCACACAUAUAUCACCUAAAGGACAGGUGUGAUGCCGUCUCUCAGCAUAUGGCAUUGCCAUGUGACAGAGGCAACAUUACGUAGUAACAUAUUUAAAAUUUGAAUGCAAAUCAUGAUUUUUUUUAAUAUAUAAUUAAGUUAUGUAUUUUUAAGAAACUUUUUCGCUCCUGCAAUAUACUGGCAUCUUUGCUUCCCAGUCAAGGCCUUGGGUUGCCAGGACCAUUAUUGGAUAGGCAGUUAGAGAAAGUGGAUGGACUAAAAUGUUGUGAUUCUAAUGGUUAAAUUAUAACACGCACACACACACACACAACACUGCCUUUGUGGAGUGACCGAAGUUCUUAUUUUGAGUGUGAUCCAUAAAGAUGUAAUAUAUUGCAUAUACGUUGCAUUAUGAUAAUUUUACAUUUGGGGCCAUCAAUAAAAAUAUGUAUAUUUUGAUGUUUGCCAUUUACACAUUUGAAAUGAUGAAUAAUUUCUAGGUAAUAUAGAGAAGAGGUAACUGAAUUUCCCCCUGAUUUGCUCUCUUAUGGUAUUAGCAUUUAUUUUGUUGGCAUGUAUCUUUGCUUCAACAGGACUCAUGAACAUGGCUCAGUGACGGAUAUCGCAAUCCUGAGGGAAGUGGUAAUAUUACAGAGUAACAAUGCUUUAAAUACUACAAUUAUUUUUCUACUUGCAUAUAUUUACACCACUACCCAUCUGAUUGUAUCUAUUAACUAGAUAUAUGUUAAAACUAAUUGUGGCGAAGCAUAACUGGGAGUUAAGUGCAUAGUGAUGCUAAGUAUUAAAAAGACAACGCGGCUCUCUUUGGUCACCUAACAGCCCUGGUUUAUCUGUAGCAUGUAAAAUAUUUAUUGACGACUUGUAUGUUCAAUGGGUUACAGAGGAAGUUACAUAACUCAGUUGGGUCAUUAUGUUUUCGGCCGUGAAAAAAAGGAGCAAAACGAUAUUUACCACUGACAGCAAGUGGGUAAUAUGCUGAUGUUGAUGAUUCACGUCUCAAAGGUCCUGCUGGACCCCAGAUUUAGAUGGUUCAGCAAAUUAGUAUUAGUAUCCUGAGUAUGUUUACCUCACAUAUUACAUUAAAUUGCCCUCCAUUACACUGAUUGCUGUUAUAAUUAACUCAUUGUAUGGGUUGCCUGAAAUUAUUUGCGGACAUUUUCUUUUUAGUUUCAUACUUAGUAGUGUGUCUGUUCUGUAUAUGUAUUUGUCUAUAUUCCCAUAUAACCAGUUCAUUGGCCUCUCACCUUUCCUUGUUCCGAUGUCUUUGACUGAUCUAUAGCUGUUUUUGUUUGCUUUGGCUAGUUUUUUCCCUCCACUGUAAUUUUUGAAAAUGUGUUCAUGCCCUUUGUCCUCGGAACCCCAACAUGUUUCUCUGCUCCUCGGUCCGGAGAGGCAGAGAAACUAUUCUUACGAACUAGAAACACUGCUGCCUUCAGAGGGUCGCCGAACUGUACUGUAGUCCUUUGUAUAUAAUAAAGAUCACUGUAUGGAACAAGCUA